UCCAUACGGGUCGCCAACUGCUGCUGCAGAGGCUGAGAGCAACGAUCAUCUCUGUGCGCUCAACAGAGUCAGAGAGAGAGGAGAGCUUGGAUACUUCAGAGGACCAACUAAAUUACCAUGAAGUCGAUAUGUCUGCUCAUCUUGGCUUUUCUCGUGGUCUGCAACUUCACUGUGUCUGGAGGACAGGGCAUCCCCGCUGAGGACGAGACGGACGGGAGGACCAUAGACGACAUCAUUCUACAGAGAGCAGAAAGUCUCCUGAUACGGUCCAUUCUCAAAAAGAUACAAAACGAAGACGCCAGAAACGAGGGAUCUUCCUCUCAGACAGAAUGGAUGACAAAACGACAGCAUCCCGGUAAGAGAUACGGCGAGGACUUGGAGAAGCGGCAGCAUCCGGGGCGGAGAGAAGAAGACGGGGAUGAACAGUACUUCGAUGUUCAAAAGAGACAGCACCCGGGCAAACGCGAAGAAGAAAUGCACUCGUUCAUGGAGCUCCAGAAGAGGCAGCACCCGGGAAAGCGCUUCGCGUUGGGACGCGUUUCUGAAAACCCCGUGACGCUCCUGGGUGAACUUUCAAAACGACAGCACCCGGGGAAGCGCUACCUGGUGGUGCACAGCAAGCGCCAGCACCCAGGUAAGCGCGAUGGGGACGACGAUGGGGACUGGGAUGCGGACGGAGAAGGAGACGACGACCUCGCUGAGUUGGAAAAGCGUCAACACCCCGGGAAACGGUUUUGGGAUAACUCCAGUCAGGAUUUGGGCACAAACAGUCCGUGUGACGUAUUGGACCCUACGAGCUGCAGCAAGACCAGUUUGCUGCUCGACUUUUUAGACAACAUUAACAAGAGUCAUGCCGAGGAGAAGCGACAACACCCGGGUAAAAGGUUUGCACCCGAGGAGGACUUAGUGGAAGGAGAGUAGGUUAAACAGAAGUCCGGAGCGCGUGCACUGCUGUAUUGUAAACAAAUAAAUGUGUAAACGAAGUGACCACAAUGAAUUAUUAAAAACGAAAAAAUAAUUUAAACCAUUUAAUCUGUUGUUCCACCGACAGUCACUGUAUCAUCGUCGCAAAAACGUGUAUCUGCUGUUUGUUUUGUUUGGAGAGGUUGUGCGUAAUUGUCCUCCAGACUGGUUAUAUCGCUGUAAAUAUGGGUUUCGCAAGAGUGCGUGCCCUAUCUUGAUUUGAAUUAAUUCAAAUGAUUUAGUAUUUAUUCCGUUGAUUAGGCUACUUGUACUAUAGUCAAGUCCAAGAAUGAAAGCAUUAGUCUACUGGCUUUUUGCGAUGUUGCCUCUGUGAGGCGGCGCGCUCUUCAGUCCAGUAUCGGCUCCAGCUUGAAAUAUGAUCAAUGAAAGUGGCCAACGUUUACAGCUUUGCAGAGGAAAUCCCUUCAUUGAUUUGAUUUGUGUUUCAUUAUUUUCUACUUAUGUAAAAUAUAAUGAAUACCACCGCAGAAAAAAAUAUGUCUGAUUAUUUUUCUAUAUUAUUGCAUGGAUUAAGUUUAUUUAAGCUAAAUUAUAAAACGCCUUUGCCUUAAAGUCAACCACCAAUGUUUUUGUUGGACAAUAAAACGCAUUGGUAAAAAUGUAUGGUUUGCUUCAGUUGUGCACUAUUAAAGUCUG